UUGCGGCUUCCGUACAAUCACAGUCCAGGAAGAGCUGGUAUCUUUCAAUCUUAGAAUCCAACGCUAAACCCAUGACACCCAACUGAGACACUACCGUGUGAGAAAAUCGCUUUUGUUUUGUGUGUUUCAGGUUGUCAUGGCUAAGGCCACUGUGAUGUUGCUGCUUUCUGUGGACUGACACCAUUAAAAAGGAGCUGCUUCAGUUAUCUUGGCACAUACACUAUCUGGAAGGAUGAAGCUACGACUGCAUUUUGUGGUGGACCCCAUGGGCUGGUUCUGCAUAAGCAUGGUGCUGUUUGUCUGGCUCUAUAACAGCUUUCUGAUUCCCAAACUGGUGCUGUUGCCACAUUAUGCAGAGGGACACAUACCUGCUGCACUUGUGGUCUUUUACUAUCUGGCAUCACUUCUGUGCGUCUCAGCAUUAUUCAGGGCUUCCACUGCCGACCCCGGAAAACUUGCUCAGGACCCCAAAAUUCCACUUGCAGAGAGAGAUAACUGGGAACUGUGCAAUAAAUGCAACAUGAUGAGGCCAAAAAGGUCACACCAUUGCAGCCGCUGUGGCCACUGUGUCCGUCGCAUGGACCACCACUGUCCCUGGAUUAAUAACUGUGUUGGGGAGGAUAACCACUGGCUCUUUUUGCAGCUGUGUUUUUACACUCAGGUUCUGAGUCUUUACACUCUGGUGUUGGACUUCUGCCAGUACUACUACUUCCAGCCCCUGUCCUUGGUUAACCGGGCGGACUUUGCAGUACGUCAUGAGUUGGCUCUUCUUCGUGGGUCCUGUUUCAUGGGGAUGAUCAUGUUUGGUGGAAUGAGCAGCCUUUUCUACACACAAGUCAAAGGCAUCCUUGCAGACACAACUACUAUAGAGAAGAUGUCACACUUACUGGAAGACAUCGGACCGCGCCGGUCGUGGCAGCAAGCGAUGGCUGAGGUGUUUGGCACUCGCUGGAAGAUCCUGUGGUUCCUGCCGUUCAGGAGCAGACAGCCUCUAAGGCUCAACUUGACCUCCCGCUCUCAUGUGUAGACAGAUAGACAGAGACGCACACAUCACUCCAGUGGGGAAGGUCACCCCCCCACCCCCCACUCCCCACCCCUCGUCUUCAGAAAAAUCCUCUCCAAAAAUAGCUUGGUAUCUCUACAGGAUCAAACUUUUCAGGUUCUUCGUAUCAAGAGUAAACUGACACAUAUCUAUUCAUACAGAAUGAAUACCAUUGUAGUUGAACAUACCGGUGUCCUUUUUUUCUGUUUUGACUGCACACACUGGGUCAGGUUCAUAUUUACUACUGAAAUAGGAUUACAGGGGAAUAGUUUAUUGUGAGGCUUUGUUUUCUCCAGGGUAACCCUUAUUAGUUGAGACCUUGGCCCAGUCCACUCCCCUAGGCCUGGAUCACGUGAGCGGUUUUCAUGCAAAUAGGGACACAAAUGGGUGGAGAUUGUCUCGUUUUAUGGCACUGAGGGUUGAUGGCUCUCGAGGUGCAUCAUGCCCUCUGGCAUGGGUAAAAGACACUGCUGAAGUACACAUACACAAACAUAGUUUACAAAAACUUUCGCUAUCAUGCACAUAAUUACGCAUACCUCACCAAGCACUGCUAAAGCCUCCGCUAAGCGUUUGACUACUAUUACCGCAAUUGAUCACUUUUAUUUUUUGUUUCAUUAUUACUGUUUUUGUGCCUUUUACAAUUCACUAGUUUUUAACUUUUUGUCUUUUUAUUAUGAAUUUUAUUUUAAAUCAUAAACAUCAAGUCAUACAUUAUUUGAGGAGGUAUUUAAUCAAUGCUAAUAAUACUUUAUGUAAGUUUCAUAUUUGAAAAUGGUUUUGCAAUAACAUUACCUAAAAGAUGCUUGCAAAAAAAAGAUAGAAUGUUAUAAAUUAAGUUCACUGAUGUACAGAUGUAAUUCACUAAAAGAGACGGGUAAAACUUGAUUUAUCCUGAUAUUUUUUUUUUUGCCUGGAUUUUACUGAAGGUUGUUUAUUGCACAGCUCUGUGACUCAUAAAUACUUAGUCAUGAAAUUACCUUUCUGACUUUUCUAUGUGAUUCAGAUCAACCCCAAAAAUUGAGUAGCAAAUCACCAUUUGUCUGAAGUGCCUCUAAACUCUUGCUAUCUGUUAGGUGCACAAAUACACCACUGUGACUUUUUGGUUUUAGAUCAGAUUUGCUUUAAUGUGUUUUCAGGUAACUGUAAUGAUUCACAGGAACAUUUGGGUUCAUAUUACACAUUUAUCUUGACAAGCCAUUCUAUAGUAAACAAUUAUUACACAAUAAUUUGCACAAAUAGUUAAUUGUGCAUUUGUGGGUUUUGUCCACAAGGCCUGAGUGAAUGUAAUCGAGUAUAGCUUGAUUUUGACACAUGAAUAGGCACAUUUUUCUUCUGGCAGCGAUCUGGUAGCCCUUUCUAGCCUAAUUCUAGCUCUAGUCGACGUUCCAUUCAAAAGGUCAGAGGUACUGAAAAUGAAUUUAUUUCAAAGCAAACUUUCUGCCUUCAUUUUCUUGCAUUGCUCUCCACCUGAAUAAUGAUUUAAAAUGAUUGCUUGUUUUUUUUUGUUACAGCAUUUACAAGCUGACAAUGUUCACUUCAUAAGAGAGAUACCUACUUGAAUAUUUAUUGUAAAUAUUAUGCAUUUAACUUUUGCAUCUUUUCCUGGAUGUUAUACUUUUCAUUUUAAAAUUCUCGUUCUUUAUUGUGAUUUUAUGGUAGAGGGUCUAAUUAUUGGUUAUUAAAAACUACUACUUACUCCUGUGGUUAUUUUUUUUUUUCUAUUUCUGAGCGUUGAAGCAGCUUUGCUCUUUUACUUAUAUUUUAAAUACGAGACAUUUUAUUAUUAUUGUUUUUGUUUGUUUGUUUAUUGCUAAACCAGUGAUGUGAAGUAUGUAACACUGGGGGAAGAUGCAGUGCAGGGGCUAUUGGUUUGAUUCCAUUACUCAUAAUAACAUGAUAUCAAUUAUUAAGAGAACUUAUUAAAGAGCAGUACUCACUGUAGCUGUUGAUAUAGGCCAUGUUCAUGUGUAUGUCCCCGUUGUGAAGCAAUAAAACCUGCUAAAAUUUAUUUACUGUCAUAGCAGAUAUUGCAAUUGUAUGUGCAGGUAGUUCACUGAACAUUAUUUUAUUUGAAUCUGCUCCUCAUGGAUAUUAUAAUAUAGGAAACUACUAAUUGCUGUCCUGUUGAGGACGACAACCCUAUUCAGGUUUAUGGUUAAAUAUAUAUCUGUUAUGGUGUUUCUGUCUGUUUGCUUUAUUUGUGGGUUCAGUCACGAUGUUUAUUUUUUAAUCAUGGGAAUUUGAAGUAUAUCAGAUCUAAAUUAUUUAUGAAGGUGUUUUUUAAAAAAAUAAAUAAAUGCUGUUCUUUUGCUUGA